UUCACGGAGUGGCCAAAUUUCAUUUAAAUGUUUCAAACUGUGGUCGAUAAUGAGCCAGAGCUUACGAAGAUAGAAAAAUUCCAGCACCUGCGGUCCUGUUUGAAGGGCAGCGCCUUAGAUGUCAUUCGUUCCCUGGAAAUACGCGAAAGCAAUAAUAAUAAACGCCUUGUUUUUCAGGCUCACAUUCGCGAAUUAUUUGAACUUAAAAGUGCAGAAGCCAACACUGUGGGUAGUCUUCGCGUACUUGUUGACAAAUUCACGACUCGCAUCCGAGCACUUCAGACCCUAGGGAGCAAGAUACAAAUAGCCGACUAUCUACUCAUACUUAUCGUGUCUCAAAAGCUGGAUCCAUCUCAGCAAAACCAAGUGGGAAGAAUCAGCCGCAUGCAGCAACAUACCUACGUGGAAGAGUAUGGAAACUUUUCUUGAGAAGAGGUGUCAAACAUUGGAGAGCAUUAAUUUCGCUACGGUACAGAAAACACCUAGCGCUAAGAUGAACAGAAAAAACGAUGGAACUAAAUCAAUGCCGCCUGUGCUGCCGCUAUCACUCGCUGAGGGUUUGCCAUACGAGCGGUACGAGUCGCGCGAGUGCACAAAUAGUGCAUCAACUGUUUGGCAACAUCGCACAUCACAGGUGCGUGCAACUGAGCAGACAGCUGCCAUCAAUGUGGGAAGGCGCACCAUAUGCUGUUGCACCGCUCUACGUCGCCGGUCCCUGAACGCAAUCGCCGCGAGGAUGGGCAUAUGUCAGUCCGCAGUGGACGAACCACACUCCCCAGUCGCGUGGUAAAGAAAUCCAGGAAGCAGGGGUAUGGCGACAGCCACCCCGUUCAACAGCGCAUCCACAACCUUUUCAACAGGGCUGUGCUGAUAUUGCAAAAAGCUACAAGAGCUGCUUCACCUCGCACCGGUGCAGGCGGGCCGACAUGUCGAGGACAUCGAGUUCGAUUAGAUUGAAUUUUCCUUUCUUUGUAAAAUGCGUGCGACCGGCAACAUCAUUUUGCUAUUGUGAAUUUACAUUUGAAAAAUGCUUUGUAAGAGCAGAGAACUUAGAUAGAUAGAGAAGGUGCAAAUUUUUGGAACGUAAAAUUGUUUGGCUGAAAAAUAAAUCCAUGGAAAUCACCACAGCGCGAUUAACAUUUCAAGAAGAGUUAACAGAGAAAAAUGUAAAUUUCUGUUAUGAUAAUGUUAUAUUUGUUGCAAGUGCCUGGCUAUGUGUUGCUAGGUUGCAGGUGAAUGCAGAAACGUAUUCAUGUACAUUUUUUUUAUAAAAUUAAAUAAAUUAAUAUAGUUAAAUUAUAUUAAAUGUACUUUUAUAUUAGUUAGAAUUGCUGAUUUGCAUUUCUGCAUGACCAUUUGUUAAAUAUAAUUUAUUCAGUAGUUAAUGUUGCUAAAAACUUAAAAAGCAUCUGUUCAAGUUCGCUUCUUG